AUGUCCGUCCUCACUGGAGUCCUCGACUACUCAGGUGACGCGCUGGUUCGCCCAUACGUAGCGUUCUUCGCGCUGUCUAUCUUGCCCAUUACCCUCUACUUCAUCGGCGUAAUCAUUUACAAUGUCUACUUCCAUCCAUUGGCCAAAUACCCUGGGCCCAAGGUUAUGGCUGCAACACGUCUCCCUUAUUUACGCAUGGUAGCUUCUGGCAACGCACCCAAAGUCACCACAGCCCUACAUCGGAGAUAUGGCUCCGUUUUCCGUAUUGCGCCAGACGAGCUCUCGUUUUUAACCGAAGGCGAAGCCUGGAAGCGAAUCUAUGCAACUAGGCCGGGUCAUGGCCAAAAGCAGAAAGAUCAUAGAUUUUACCAGGGAUCUGUCGACGGAUACCCCAGUAUUCUUCUCUCUGGAGAUGCCGAUCAUGCAUUUGUUCGACGCUCGCUCUCACAUGCGUUCUCCGAUAGUUCACUACGGGGCCAGGAACCUGUCAUUCAGGGCUACGUCAAUCUUCUCAUUCACCGUUUACGACAAAGAUCACAAAAAGGGGCUGAGCCCAUCGAUAUCGUCUCAUGGUAUAACUUUGCCACAUUUGAUAUCAUUGGCGAUCUUUCAUUUGGUGAACCAUUUGGUUGUCUCCAAAACUCAAACUAUCAUCCAUGGGUAAGCAUGGUCUUCGAAAAUGUUAAAGCUGGCACAAUUUGUCGUGUGAUUAGCCGUUUACCAGGAGGAAACUUUCUUCUUGGUUUAUUAGCACCAAGAAGCCUAAUUGAUGCUAAAGACAACCAUGAGAAAUUAACGGUAGAGAAAGUCGAUGCGAGAAUAGAGAAGUCUAAUGAUCGUCCCGACUUCUUCGCCAAUAUUCUCAAACAUCAAAACACCGAGAAAGAGUUUCCCCGUGGAAAACUUUAUUCAAAUGCCAGCUUUAUCAUCGUUGCUGGCUCCGAAACGGUCGCAACAAUACUGUCUGGAGCAACAUAUCUUUUGUUGAAAAAUCCGAAUGCACUUGCCAAACUGCAACGUGAGGUUCGAACGGCAUUCAACUCAGAUGAAGAGAUUAAUAUGGACACCUGCAGUCAACUCCGAUAUACACAGGCUGUUAUAAACGAGUCGCUGAGGGUUUUCCCACCGGUCCCGAUUGGCCUCCCGCGAUUUGUUGAUGCUCAAGGAGAAACAAUUGAUGGACACUGGGUACCCGGAGGGACAGUUGUAUCCGUCGCCCCUAUAGCCACUUUUCAUUCCGAGUCGAACUUCAAACAUGCGGAUCAGUUCAUCCCUGAGCGUCAUCUCGGCGAUCCUUCCUUUGCAUCUGAUAAUAAAGAUGCACUGCAGCCUUUCAGCGUUGGUCCGAGAAACUGUAUUGGUCGAAACCUCGCCUAUGUUGAAAUGCGCUUGAUUCUCACCAGGAUCAUUUUCAAUUUUAACUUGGAGCUGGCGGAGCCAGACAUCGAUUGGCAAGAUCAAAAGUGCUAUACUCUUUGGACGAAGAGCCCCUUAAUGAUCAAGCUCACGCAGAGGAAUAUGGAUCAGCCAGCAGCUUAA